CCUGGGCGGAGAGAGCUCCCCACACUAUUAGACCAGUAACAGGAACCAGAGAGGAGUUAGGGGGGGGAGGGAGGAAGAGAGGGAGGUAGAGCAAGAGAGUGUAAAGGAAAAGUUAUCUAAGCCUACAGCGCCCACAAAUCACUUUGUCACCAGCAAGCUCUGACAAGCUCCAGGAGAGAGAGGCAGCGAGGGAGUUAAAUACAGAGGAGCAGAGAGAGGAGAUCCACAUGAGGAAGAAGCUGCAGAAGAGAAUACAGCACCUCAGAGACAUCCAUGGACAGAGGGCAUUGACACAAGGCUGACCCGGACAAGUUGUGAGCUAACUGGGACUGCUACUGCUGGGUUUACUGCGCCUGAUCUCCGGAAGUCCUCAAGAUAAGUCGUACCAAAUUUAAUGCUGAAUUUGAGAGAACUGUGAAAUGAGACGUGUUCAUAUAGUGCAAACAAAAACAUUGAGACUUGAAUGAGAACCCUUUGUACAAAUACAGCUGCACACUGAUCACAUGCUGUUAUGCUAAAAAGAGGUAGUCACAGUCAGGGGCAUUGUGUAUGUCAGAUGCUUCCUGACACUUGUCUUAAUAACAGCAUAGUGUGAUGGCUGUUGAAAGUGAUACAAUUAAAAUCUCUCAAGUGUCAAUUUGAUCAUCUCUAAGUUAACUCAAGUCCCCUGAGAAGUUUGUCUGACCUUUAAGGGAGAGAGGUCAACUGAUAAAGCUUUCUAUAUAAACAAAAAGUUAUUAUAAACACACGUACGUCAUUCAAAAACUAUUCAGAUUCUGGAAGAAAUUUGUCAUAAUUUGAUUGGCUGGCUUUGUUCUGCUGGGUUAAUACUGCAUGGAACCAGCGUAAAAGUGACUAUAACAUUCAAGUUCAUAGGUUCAUUUUGAUUCAAGAUGAUAGAAUUGAGCUUUCAUUACACGAUAUGACAUUCAGCCAGGCUUUGUAGUAACAUUUGACAGCUCCACUCUGGGCAUGGUUCACUGUCUGGGACGUCACUGUGUUACCUGCGAGGUUGAGUCAGAAACUGGCUCAUCAGUUGAAGCCUGUCUGCCCACUCAUAGGAUUUCUCCCACCUGCUCACAUGCAAUGAAGACAGAGGAAGUAUUUUUACAGCGGACUGCAUUGCCACAAUUUGCCAACCUGGGUCACUGAACUUUUUUGGACUCUCCACACUGCUUUGACUAUUCUGCUAUAUGUAAACACCUUGCGUCAGUAACACCUCCUUCUUGGUGAUUCACUGUUCCCUAAGCAUCCUAAGUUGACGGAGGCAGUAGCUGAGAAAGAAUUAACAAGUCAAUUGGUGCGUUUGUUGUUGGGACGCCACCAUGAGGGUCCUCUUUAUGAUCAUUAUGGCAGUGUACUUUUUAGAAAAAGUCAAUUCUAUGUCGACAUGUAAGACUUUAGAUCUGGAGAUGGUGAAGAAAAAGCGCAUAGAGGCGAUUAGGAGCCAAAUUCUCAGUAAACUGCGUCUGCCCAAAGAACCGGAGCCAGACCAGGCUGGAGACCAGGAUGACAUCCCAAGCACACUACUGUCCCUGUAUAACAGCACCAAGGACCUGCUAAAGGAACAACAGUCACAGGCCCCCACAGUCAUCUCCAUGGAGCAGGAGGAGGAGGAGUACUUCGCCAAAGUGCUGCACAAGUUUAACAUGACUGCAAAAGGCAACAAUGAGACAACAAUGAACUCCAAACGUGUCUCCAUGUACUUCAACAUGGCGGACAUACGGAGCAGUGUGGGAGACUACCGGCUGCUCACCACAGCCGAGCUGCGUAUGCUCAUCAAACACACUACUAUUCCCACAGAGCAGCGCGUGGAGCUGUACCAGGGCUUGGGUCCCUCUGCACGCUACCUGGCAUCACGAUUCAUCAGCAACCAGAUGAAAGACAAGUGGCUGUCUUUUGAUGUCACAGAGACACUGCAGAGCUGGUUAAAAGACAACGACGACGAACAGGGCUUUCAACUCUGGCUCUUCUGUGAAUGUGACUCUGUACGUGGGGACACCCGCUUCAGUUUUGAAAUUUCUGGGAUUCAGAACGGGAGAGGAGACACGGCCGCACUAAAAGCAAGGGCACAACAACCUCCUUAUAUCCUCACCAUGUCCAUCCCUCAAAAUGUCAGCAGCCACCCCACGUCUCGCAGUAAACGCUCCACUGACUCGAAGGACACCUGCCCAGCCCAGACAGAAACAUGCUGUGUGCGGAGUUUGUACAUUGACUUCAGGAGGGAUUUAGGCUGGAAGUGGAUCCACAAGCCCACGGGCUACCACGCCAAUUACUGCAUGGGCUCCUGCACUUACAUCUGGAACGCUGAAAACAAAUAUUCACAGAUCUUGGCCCUGUACAAACAUCACAACCCAGGAGCCUCAGCCCAACCGUGCUGCGUUCCACAAAGCUUAGAGCCACUGCCAAUUCUCUACUACGUGGGCCGGCAACACAAGGUGGAACAGCUGUCCAAUAUGAUCGUGAAGUCCUGCAAGUGUAGCUAAAAAUACAUAGCGGCGUGGAGCGUUGGCACACAAGGAUAUACAACAGAGAAGGAUGAAAGGAGUUUUGUUUGAGACUCGAGGCUCCGACAAAGGAAUAUUUAAAACCAUCUGGAUCGCUUGUGGUCCAGUUUUCCUCCUGUGAUCCAUGACAUUGUUGUUAUGGAUGCAGACAAAAGCAUAGACUCCUGUAUAGGUAGUAUUUUCCAUGUCUGAACUGACGUGAAAGUGGUCAAAAUAUACAUGUUGAAAUUAAUUUAUUUUGUAGAUUAAAAGUGCAUUUUACAUUUAUUUUAUUACAAAUGUGGAUAAAGCCUGGACCAAAUGAACUUUGAUGGAAGAUAAGCCAUUUCUUUAGGACAUUUGAGACUUCCUUACAAGGGCAUAUUUAUGGUGCUUUAACUGAGGUAUGGAAUUAAGUGCCAUGAAAGAUACCUGUAAUGACGCAGGUGUUCAGGGCAGCAAAGGGACUGUCCAACUGAGGGGAAUUCCUACAACUGAAGUUACUCACAAACCGUCCAUCACCUUCACUUUCCACAAUGUUACUGUUUGUUAGGAGAGAUUUGUGUUGCCUUAGUGGUUUACUGCUUCAGUUUUGGGCAGAUAUCACGUACUAGUUCUAUCAUCAUAUCAGAAACAAUAAAUGUUCAUCUGAAGGUUAAAGAUGUAGUACACACAGGAAAGUUUACUCUUUUUUAAAUGCACUUACGAUUUGUACUGGUAAAAAUGUUAAAAUAUGAAAUAAAGUAAAUGUUGUUUG